GGUGUUACGGAGCCAGCAGGGCCCGGGGCUUCACAGCGGCCGCUGCGACUCCGGAGCCGGCGGGGACCUCCGGUCCUUCCCCGCGCCACCGCACGGGACAUCGCUCUGGCUGGGGAGCGGCGGUGGGAGCCGUCGAGGGCGUCGGUGUCCCUCCUCCCCCGCGGUCCUCGGUGCGUCCGCACGCCCCUCCUUCUCGGCUCCCUCCUUCUCCUCUCCGCACCUCCCCUGCCCCCCCCCGUCUCCGCAGACCGAGUGGUGCGGCCCGCCUCCAGCUGACCGGCCUGGAAUCCCGGCUCCGAGCCCCGGACUCGCGCCCGCCCGCGCGCCCGCUCCCUCCCCCUCCCCCCGCCCCGAGCCCCCGACGCCGCCGCCACCUCCUCCUCAGAGCGGGGCCCGGGCCCAGCCGCCGCCACCGCUGCCGCCGCCGAGCUCCGCCGCCGCCGAGCACCAUGGGAGACGCUGGGAGCGAGCGCAGCAAAGCGCCCAGCCUGCCGCCUCGCUGUCCCUGCGGCUUCUGGGGGUCCAGCAAGACUAUGAAUCUCUGUUCCAAAUGCUUUGCUGGGUAUACGGUGGGACCCUCUCAUGGGAGGGUCUUAAGACCCACAAUCAGAAAAGAUUUUCAAAAGAAACAACCAGAUGAUGAUUCCGCUCCAAGUACAAGUAACAGCCAAUCAGAUUUGUUUUCCGAAGAGACCACCAGUGACAACAACAAUACCUCGAUAACCACGCCAACUCUUAGUCCCAGCCAGCAGCCGCUUCCGACAGAACUGAAUGUAACUUCACCGAGUAAAGAGGAGUGUGGGCCAUGCACAGACACAGCUCAUGUCUCAUUAAUCACACCAACAAAAAGAUCCUGUGGUACAGAUUCACACUCUGAGAAUGAGGCUUCACCAGUAAAACGGCCACGACUACUGGAGAAUACGGAACGGUCCGAGGAAACCAGUCGAUCUAAACAGAAGAGUCGACGUCGGUGCUUCCAGUGCCAAACCAAACUGGAGCUGGUGCAGCAGGAAUUGGGAUCGUGUCGCUGUGGUUAUGUGUUCUGUAUGUUACAUCGCCUUCCCGAGCAGCACGACUGCACAUUCGACCACAUGGGCCGCGGCCGGGAGGAAGCCAUCAUGAAAAUGGUGAAGCUGGACCGGAAAGUGGGGCGCUCCUGCCAGCGCAUUGGGGAGGGGUGCUCCUGAAGGCCAGGCAUGGCCACCACAUGACGCUGUUCUUAGUUCACUAAUGUUAGCCUUAUUUAGGACAAAGUCAGCCAGACACCUUGUACUGGGCACGCGUCAGACUGCAGCCAGUCCGUUUCCUUUCUUUAGCCAGCCAUCCUGGUACUGUAGUUUAGGGGUUGAUGGUGGUUGAAAUUGAUUUCUGGCUGGUUACUAAGGUGCCUGCUAGCCAUUGUAUAAAAUUAAAACAUGAAGAAUAUUUUUUUUGAGCAUGGCUAGUGGAUUUAAAACAACACAUACCUGUCACUGCUGGAGUCAAACUUAUAAAAAGCCUUAAGUGGAAAGUGUUCCAGACGGAGACUCUGAGUUAAUAGAGGAGUAGAAGCUGGUGUUAAAGUUCCCACGACGCACAUGGCUUUGCCAGAAACUCUGUUUAAUGUUCGGCCUUUCACCUCUUCACUUAUCCUUAGUCCCAGUAGCCAGGAUACCUGAUGGCCACGUGUGCCUUGGCCACAGGAGGCUGCUGAGAUUGGCCACAUGGCUGGGCUGGGUGGUGGCCUCACUCUCCCACAGAGCUGGAAAUGGGGGGUGGGGGACAGAUUCUUAUGGAAAUUUUUUUUACCUGACUUGCUAUGAAAAAACUCAUCACACAAGAAGAGAAUCAGUAACCUCACUUUGAAAAUUAGCUCCACUCAAGACUAGUCCACGAACGAGACCCGCCUUUUCUACACAGGAUCCAAGGUCAUGAGAAGCAGCCAGAGUGCCCUGCCCCCGCCGGCUCUGGUCUGCCAUUCGCCAGUGCAGGGAUCUGGCACGGACCAGAUGCGGCGAAUGGCAGCACAGCGCGGUGGCCGGGUCUGCACACUGGCCUCUGCAGCCAGAUUUCUAUAUUGGGAGUUUUUUAAAAAGACAUUUCAUAGCCAACAAGAAUCAGUAGAAGUGCUGGGAGCAGCUAGGGAAGCUGCCGCCCACAGGCUCUGCCCCUUCCAGCUGGAGCCGCCCGUGCCUCCAGGGGCCAAGAGGAUGAUGCCGUGGCCUCCAUUCUCGUUUCUAUGCAGCCCCAUAGUCCAAGGACACCCAGUCCACAUCUACCACAUAGCAAGUUUAGUAAGAGAAGGCAGCAUAUGUCCCAGGGACAGUGGGUUUGGAUCUGUCUAGAACAGCAGUUUGUGGCUGUGGCCCAGCUCCGAGAGUGGUAUUUGCUCUGGUGGGUGUGGGCCUGAGGGUACAUUUCUCCACCUGUGCCCCCUCGUGUUCACAGAGGAGUUCAGCAGCUGCAGCUGCUCAGGCCAGAUGGGGAAGGGUGGGGGUGGGCCUCAUUGCCCCAUGUUAGGAAAUCACUACCAGUCAGGUGGGGCUGGGGCUGGGGCUGGGUGGACAGGAUCAGGAUUCUCUUGAAAGCCCAGGCAGGGUAAGCGGUCCCAGUGGUUCUAGGUCCGCAUCUGAUCCAGGUGGGUGAGGGCAGGAGGCCCCUGCAGAGGCAGCGUGGAUCUGCCCACACAUAGGCUACUGGAAUAGUUUAACCCAGCAACUUUCCUUUUUAUAAAACAACAAAUGGUUCAACUCUGUCUGCAAAUUAACAACUGAGCACCUGCAACUGCAAAUAUUUUUUUGAUCCGACGUACUGAAAUAGGAAGUCAUGCUCUUCCCACCCUCCACCCACCAGAGUGGAACCCGCUGCAAAAUCCCCAGCCUUAAUUCUUGCUUCAGGACCCAGACGGGUGUCUUGCUCUAGGGCAGCCCAGGGCAGAGGGGCCAGGUCUGCCCAGCGUUUACCACUGCUGUCAAGCCACAGCCCUUGGCCACCAUACGGGCCAUCCUCAGUGAGGCAGCCCCGCCUAGGCCUCCGCCAAGCUCUGGUCCCGAAGAGGCUGUGCGCUCCUUUCCCGGCCCUCCCCAGGCCCUGCCCACUGCCUGCGGCGUGGAGGCAGCCGUGGGAAGGAGCCCUGGGGAGCCGGCCCAGGGGAGCGAAGCCCAUGUUCGCUUCCUGACUUAGAGCUGGGGGUGGGGGGGGUGGGGGGUGGGGCUUGUUCCCCUGCAGUAUCUGUUCUGUGAAGUUUGUUAAAUGUAAGGAAAGCUUAAAUUCUUGUAUCUUUAAAAGAGAAAAUCUUAUUUAACCCUUCUGUGUUCUAGAUUUACUUACACACAUAGCCUAGAGCUCAGUUUUAGUUUUAACAUUGUGAAAAUAUUAAAAGAUUCUUGUAACUUUAUUCUUUUUUCUCCUGCUGAAAAAAAAAUUAAACCAAUCGUAUGAAA